GUCAGUUGCGACGGAGAGGUUUACGAUGAAUUUGAGUAACAUUUUCAUUAUUUUGGGAUAAUACAAUUAAUCUGGGGAACAAUUCAGUGAAUUAGUGUGAUAAAAAUUUAUACAUAUUGCUAAAAUGCCAUCAAAACAGAGAAAAAUUGCCAUGAUGGGUUAUAGAUCCGUAGGGAAAUCAUCUCUAAUCAUACAGUUCGUUGAAGGUCAAUUUGUGGAUUCUUACGACCCAACUAUAGAAAACACAUUUACAAAAUUCAUCCGGUUAAAUUCAACUGAAUAUGAGGUGAAGCUGGUGGACACUGCAGGCCAGGAUGAAUACAGCAUAUUUCCCCUACAGUACAGCAUGGACUUUCAUGGCUAUGUCCUAGUAUAUUCUAUCACUUCAAGCAAAAGUUUUCAAAUAGUACAAAUCAUUUAUGAUAAGCUUCUGGAUAUGGUUGGAAAAAUACAUGUACCCAUAGUUUUAGUUGGAAACAAAACAGAUCUUCAUCUAGAAAGGAAAAUCAGUACAGAAGAAGGGAAAAGACUGGCUGAAAAAUGGAAAGCUGCUUUUGUGGAAACCAGUGCAAAACGAAAUGAGUCAGUCACGGAUAUGUUUCACGCAAUAUUGUCAGAGAUAGAGAGAUCUGAUGGACAUAUACAAGCAAAAAACGGAUGUGUUAUCUCGUAAAAGAGCAUAGGUUAUGAACAAUGUGCUUUUUACUUAAGCAAAAGUGAAUUAGAUCUAAUGAUUGUGUGCAUAGCUAUGAUGAUAUCAUAAAUAAGUGCUUCUCCAUUGGCGAAUGUGAUUAAGAAUGUAAUGCAUUUUUUUCUAAUGAAAUGUGAUGUCAGGCACAAAAGCUACUGUCAUACCUAUACAUACAUUGUAAAAGUUGGAAUGGCAUAAUUCAAAUAUCAUUCAGUAGGUCACAUUUGCCAAUGUAUGUAUAGUCUGACCAAAAUCAUAAGGCCUGGGGAUUAAAGUCAAUAUCCAAUUAAAUCUCCAAAACUUUCUUCCCUUUUCUAUAGGAUGUUGAUUGUCAUUUACUACAAAAAUGUAAGACCUUGGUCAGGCUAUAAUGCAUCUUCUGAGAAGCAUUUUAUUUAAUAUAAACUGUCAAAUAUUUUUAUUAUUGCUAAAUAAGCCACGGCCAGUUCCAACUAAAUUUAGAAAUAUACAACAUAAUUUCUAGCUUCAAAGUGAUUUCCACAAAACUAUUUACUAAGUCUGUGUUGUCAUAUUUAUAAUGUAAAAUGGUGCAAAUAAGAUAGUUGUAUGCUGAUUUGGGAGAUUUAUAUGAGAUAUAGCAUCGCAAAGGUGGGGUAUAAAAUUUACUCCAUACCUAUAUUAUGUGGCCUAAAGAGAUUUUUCAUGUGUGUGAUUGGUCUAAUCCAAAAGUAUAAGAAAUAAUAGACAAUCCUAAAAAAGAAGAAGGGUAAGGGACGUUUUUUGACAAAAACUAAAAUUGCAUUAUUAGAACUUGAAAAAUAAUAAUCCUAACCAGUAAUUGAAUCCUUAGAAAUGGAUUCUUAUAUCUAAUGAGUAAUGAUUAAUGUAAUUACGCAGGUUGUUGUAUUAUCUUUUUACAUAAUCAAGGAGCUCAAGUCAGGUAGGGUCAUUUAUUUUUCAAAAUAUAAUGAUGCAGAUUUCUUUUUUAAAUUCGCAGAAUCGCCCAGUUAUUUAACUGUUCGCUGUCUUUUUGGAUUUGGCCAACACUCACACUUAAAAAAUACUUUGAUGAUUUAAUUUCAGACAAAGCAUUUCAAAUAUUUAUGUAAUAAUAGCUAAUCGUACUUUCUUAUAUGCCACUGGACCACUUGCUUUGUUGUCUUGCAUUGGAGAAAUCAUUACAUACAUACAGUACAACAAGUUGCAAUAACUUUCAGUUGGAAUUAUUUUUGUACAUCUACCGAUUAAUUACAUGAUGUAAAUGUAUAUUUUUAUAACAAGUCCAAUUCGUUUGUAAUAAUGUAUAUUUAUUAGCUUUUAGUAAUCAAUAAUAACGUAGCCAUUAUAUUUUUAGUUUUGGAAAUUACAUAACCAAGAUCAUUAAUUUAUAGGUUGGGGAAAAUAUUUCUAAGCUACACAGUAGGAUUCUCAGGCAAGAAAAGAACUUGGGUUUAUUUGUAAAAUGUGUAAAUAGUAUAUUUUAUGUGUGUACAUAUUUAAAAACAGGAUAUGUAGGUGUAAUUCUUAGAUUUUGCAUUUAGUGUUGGUUAUGUAAUAGUUUUUUUUUACGAUAGUGUUCAAGGGAAUUUCAAUUCUGUUUGGAUAUCUAAACUCGGCUGCACGUAAGCUGCGAUGCAGAAUAUAGACAACAUUGAAGAGCAGAUAAUCCUAGUUAUGUUCAAGAAAAUGUACUCUUGAAUGCCUAAGACGUAAGGUGCAUAGUACAUCGACUCGAGGUGUAAUAUGAAUUACUGCGCGCAGUUUGUCGACUUGACUUGAAACAUGCACUGUAUGCAUUCGGACCAUAUUUGCUGGAUUACCUAUCUGCUCUUCACUGAACGUCCACCUGCUUCUCUUCUUACGCUCAACCUUAUUGUUGUAUUCAAAGAUAAAAUGUUAAGCUAUAUGCCAAAUAAGCUAUUUUACCUAUAAUAUCACUGAAACAUGCGCGAACACAAUGAAUUUAUAUACUGCCAAUAAAAUAAAAUAUGUAAUUGAAAAACGAAAAGCAGAUGUAGUGAUACGAUACAGAACUGCACCAAUGAAAUAGAAGUUUCGAAGGUUAGUAAAAUACAUAUAGGUCGGGAUUUUCAAACGCGUCCGUAUUUUCGCAUGUAUCUUUUCCUUUCACUCAUAGCAAGGUUCUGGUAUGAGCGACAGGGAUAGAUACAAAUGGUGUAGGGGAGAGGGUGGCGCCCAACUGGUAGUCAUACUUAUUAUGCUUUAGAUUCAAAAUUGUUUCAGUUUUAACUGAUUGAUGUUUUGAAUUAGUUACUAUAGAUUUUUAUGUUAUUUAUAAAACCUUUAUGACGUAAAUUCGUAUGAAUAUUUACUUAAAGAUGAUAUUCGUUACAAAUGUUCAAACAAAAGAUAGUGUUGGUUCUUUCUUACAAAGUGUUCUCGUACUUAGUAUUUAGUCGCGAAUAUACAUAACAUUUUUUUUAUUUAGGUACUUGUAUUUGGCAUUGCCAUUAAACGACUAACCAAAACAAUGUACACCACCUACACCUAUUAUAAAAUAUGUAGGUUGGUAUUUUUGUAAGUAUUCGCUUUGGUGUGUGGAUGAUAAGUUUGAUAGCAAUAAAAUGUACAAUAUUUGUUUAAAUAAUACAAUACACCCGCAGCUCCGCAAAUUUAGUUUCUGUGACUAGCAGAGAGGAUUAACCAUAAAACCGCAUUACCUCUAAAAUACCUACUUUCUUUUAAAAAGAACCUCGAUAUUUUCUCGGACAUAAAUACCUAUUACACCUACCUAAUUUUUAGACGAAUAACGCACAUUAUAGGAAUAUUGAUGCUACAUUUUAUGUAAUUUAUUUUAUUUUUGUAACAAUCCAAAAUACUAUGUAAGCACGUAUGUAAGUGACUGCACUUGGUCGUGGUUAAAAUUAUUUUACUGUAGGUAUUAAUUAAUUAUAAACCGUUCCAUGCAACAAAGUUUUCUCCAUCAAUCCAGCACACGUGGUUCUGCAGUCAAAUUAUUGUACGCUUACGAAUAAUUUAUGCCAUUGAUAGUCUUUAUUAGUAUUUUUAGUAAGGUUGAUAACCUCCUAAAACUUUUAAUUGAAAUAAAAAGACUCGUCUUUUAUAUUUUUUCCAUUUAUAGUCGUUACCUAGGUAACGGUCAUACAACUUUAUUCGGCGGUGUCGCAAGUUGUUGUGUUUGCGAUAGAAUAUCCGAUACAAGCCAACUACACUCGACAUCAAAUAAAUCGCACCUCAGUAACAUUUGUGACAGUUCUAAUAACGAAAUCGCAUAACGGACCCGGACCGAAGUAACUAGGAUGGAUUUUGUAAUUCCACCUGAAGGGACUGUUGAUAGAAAUUUUACUUGAAGAAAACAUUUCUUUAUUUUUAUUAAAAAGAAAGAUAACUGCAUUCUAGGAUUUUUAUAAUUGACCCUAACUAUCGAUGCAAUAAAAGUCAGGAUGUAAUUUUAACAGAUUUUAGUCGGUUUGAUUCCCGUGUGUGAAGAACGAAUUUUUGGAAAUCUUUGAAUGCAGUUCUUUCUUUUCAAUCAUAAAGAAAUGUUUUCUUUGACUAAAAUUUUCUAUCUACAGUAUCAAGAGUAUUUUUCCUGCAGAUGACAUCACAAAAUUCCAUCCUGAUUAUUUAAAAAUGGUAGUUUUCAAUCAUGUUAUUAUUUUAAAUUUACUGACCUUUUGUAUGAUAUCUAUGAUAUGCGUAUUUCACGUGAGUCAUUGCGGUUUACUCAAUCACGUGCAGUCGAACCUUUGAACUCGAUAAUAUGGGAAUGAUUUACACUUGUUGGGUAAAUAAUAAUAUAUUUGUAGUGUGAUUCGUUAUUAUUACUUGCCCAAAUAGAGUAUUGAUUUUUACAUGAAAAUAUGAGUUUGCGUUGGAUUCUAAUGUAAAUAAUUGUGAAUUUUAUAUCUUCUUACUCUAUCCCUUUACUGUAUUUUAUUUCAUUUCUGGUGUUAUGUGCAACUAGGUAAAUAUUGUAAACCUUAUAAACGUAUGGACUCCAUUACUUUUUUUGUAAAUAGUUUCUAUUAUAACACACCCUGUUCUAAGGCGCACUACUUUCCUCAUGGACUUUUAGGUAAAACUUUCGCUAAAAGCUAGUCCUCUCCUUACCGUUUUAUCCGACUAUUUUUUAUCUUUUUUUUAUUUAUGAACUGGGUAAAAUAUAUAUUUUCAUUAUUUGUACAGUAACGUGGUAUAACUAAUAUGCACUUGUCACGCGUUCGUUCAAGCAAAUUACAUAACAAUUAAUUAUGUAAUAUUCUGUAAAAUUUGUAGAUUUUUUAAACAAAAUGCGUGUAUACAAUUGUUGACUAGAAUGGUCGAUGACUCAUCAAGGUAAAAUUACUGUGGGCAUCUUAAGUAAUGGUAAUAGGUGUGAUACUGGCACAAAAAAAGUAAGUAUAGUGUGAUGUGCUGUAAACUGACAAAAAAAUCAUUACAAAAUUGCUGUUUCAUUGUGUAUUUUGGAUGUUUUAUUUUUUAUGCCUCUUACCAGAACUUGUAUGUCUUGCACAGGAAUGUGCAUUUAAAAAUAAUGCUAUGCCAAGUCGGGUUUUUUCUGGAGUUUUGUAAUACACGAGUACAAAACUUUUCACCGUGUUUUAUUUUAUAAUAGCUUACACUUUUUCUUUAAAAUAAUUUAUUUGCUUGUAAACGUGGUCAGUAACAAUGGGUAAAUAGGUAAUAGGUAGGUCUUAUUAAUUAUAUCAGUACCUCAGCUUCCACGCAGACCACAGAUUUUUAGUCGACCGAUAGUUGGGUCUGGCUGUUAUUCAUCAGUAUGAAGGAAGAUGUAUGGAAGUGCGCACACCACACCGAUUUGGUAUCGGCCGAUUCCUCAUACAAAUUGGAAGCAGACUCAACUAUCGGCCGAUUAAAAGUAACAUAGGUAGUGUACCGAAUUUACAAUCUCAAAUUAAAACCCCGGCUCUGCAACCGCUUUUAGGUUCAUUUAUAGCUCGAUCAAAGUAAGUAAUUAUUAAUUAUGUUAAGUUGUGUACCUACUUUAUUUGUAAAUAUUAAAUUAAAAUAUAGCUUCUGAUAUAUAA